GAUGAAAGAUGGGUGCGUGGGCGCGCGGAGAAGACUGUGCUUCAAAAUGUAAAGACUUCCAACCUGAUUCUCUAUUGCGUUUCUCUUCUUCAUAAUUCAGUUUUAACGGAAGCCCCACAACUCAGCUAGUUCCCAUCCCGUAGGAAUGAAUUCUGAAAAAUGAGAAUUUAGAAAUGAACUCUAUACUAAAACGAGAAUAUGAUCCAAAGUUAUCAGUCUUUGGCAACAGAUUGAUUUCAUUUGUCAGAGCUCCUCAAACCCAUACAGUUUCCUCAGACCAAAAUUCUGAAAACUCCGCUACACCCCACCUGUCUCGCUCCUUCCAAGAACACGACAAGUCAGUAUUCUUGGCCCUAUCUGAAACCAAAAUCCUGCAUGGUCGUUUCCUCAGAACAGAAACUUCGGUUAAGAACUAUUCAGCUGUCAAAUCUUUACUGGAUGGGUACUAUAAAUGUUCAAGAAUGGACUACGCAGUUAAGUUGUUCGAUAGAAUGGCUAUCCCAUAUACGUUUUGCUGGAACCAGAUGAUUUCGGGUUGUAACAGGGCGCUGUUGUUCAGAGUUUCAUGGGAAUAUUUUUGUAGCAUGCACGCAUCAGCCGUAUGUAUGGAUAGGUUUACAUAUGGAGGAGCUCUUUCUGCUGGCGAAGCUUUAGAAUCUGUGGUGUGCGGCGAACAGGUUUAUGGUCUCGUAAUGAAAAAUGGGUUCUUUUCUAAUGGUUAUGUAAGGUCUGGGAUGAUAGGUUUGUUUGUUAAGAGUUGUAGGUUUGAUAAUGCUUUAAGGGUGUUUUAUGAUUUUCAAUGCGAUAAUAUCGUUUGUUGGAAUAUAAUUAUAUCCGGAGCUGUUAAACAUCGAAAAUAUUGGAAUGCUGUAGAUAUGUUUAUUCAAAUGUGUUAUGGGCAUUUGAUGCCAAAUGGUGUAACUAUCUCAACUGUGUUAAAAGCUUGUGCUGCAGUUAAGGAGUUUGAGAUGGGGAAGAUGGUCCAAGUAUGGGCAACUAAAUGUGGUUAUGACAAUGAUGUAUUUGUGCAGACUGCUUUGGUUGAUAUGUAUGCCAAAGGAGGGUAUAUGAAUGAGGCUGUGAAGGAAUUCACAAAGAAGCCAGUUCAAAGUGUUGUUUCUUGGACAGCUUUGAUAAAUGGUUUUGUUCAGAGUGGAGAUUAUGUUUCAACAUUUCAAUUAUUUGAUGAAAUGAGGCAGAAGGAGGUUGAAAUAAAUGACUUUACCAUUUCCUGUGUGCUUACAGCUUGUGCUGAGCCAGCGAUGAGUGUAGAAGCAAUGCAAAUCCAUUCCUGGAUUUUUAAAGCUGGAUUUUAUCAGGACUCACUGGUUAUGAUCGCUUUGAUCAGUAUGUAUUCCAAGAUUGGGGAAUAUGGUUCAUCUGAAAUGGUCUUUGCAGAGACUGAAGAUCUCAAGCACCUUGGUGUAUGGGCUAAUAUGAUUUCUGCAUGUUUGCUAGGCUGCAGUUCCUCUAAGGCAAUUCAUUUAUUUCAGAGAAUGUUUCAUGAGGGGGUCAAACCAGAUGAAUUUUGUUGUUCUAGUUUGUUGGGUGUUGUAAACUCUCUAGAUCUAGGUAGGCAGAUUCAUUGCUACACCCUUAAAAUUGGAUUAUUCAGUGAUGUUAUUUUGAGUAGCUGUCUCUUUGCAAUGUAUUCCAAUUGUUUUAGCUUGCUGGAAGCUUACACAAUUUUUGAGCUUAUUGAGUGCAAAGAUUCUGUCUCUUGGGCAUCAAUGAUUUCUGGUUUUGCACAUCAUGGGUAUGCAGAUGAAUCAAUCAAGUUGUUUAGAGAGAUGCUCUCUGAAAAUUUAAUGACUGAUGAAAAGACAUUAAGCUCUGUCUUAUCUGCAUGCUCCACUCUUCAGUGUCUGAAGAUUGGUAAAGAAGUGCAUGGUUUUAUUCUUCGAUGCAGAAUAGGUGAGUUUGCUAUUGUAGGGAGUGCACUGGUGAAUAUGUACGCAAAGUGCGGAGAUCUUGUUUCAGCAAGGAGACUAUUCCUCAUAAUGCCCCACAAAGAUAAGUUCUCAUGUUCCUCCUUGAUUGCUGGGUACAAUCAAAGAGGUUACGUUAAUGAAUCCUUUCAAGUGUUCAAUGAAAUCCUUGUGAAUGAUUUGCACGUCGAUGCUUUCACGAUAUCAUCUUUACUUUGCCCUGUUGGUCCGUUGAACCAAUCCGGCAUUGGCACCCAACUGCAUGCCCAAAGUAUAAAGCGGGGAUUAGACUCAGAUGCCUGUGUGGGAAGUUCAUUGGUCAUGAUGUAUUCAAAAUGUGGAAACAUUGAUGAGUGCUGCGCAGCAUUUAAGCAAAUCAAGAGUCCUGAUCUUAUUAGCUGGACGGCCAUGGUUGUAUGCUAUGCCCAACAUGGGAAAGGAGUUGAGGCCUUACAAGUUUAUGAGCUUAUGAGGAAAUGUGACAUCAUGCCUGAUUCUAAGACAUUUAUUGGUCUUCUUUCUGCUUGUAGCCAUUCUGGUUUGCUAGAAGAAGGGUAUUUUUUCCUGAACUCAAUGAAAGAAGAUUACAGUAUAGAGCCUAAUAACCGACAUUAUGCUUGUAUGGUAGAUCUUCUUGGUCGAUCAGGUAGACUGAAAGAGGCUGAGAGGUUCAUUUAUCAAAUGCCUAUACAACCUGAUGCUUUGGUUUGGAAAACACUGCUUGCUGCUUGCAAGGUGCAUGGUGAAAUUCAUCUUGGGAAAGUAGUCGCUGAAAAAAUUACUAAAUUAGAGCCGUAUGAAGCUGGAACAUACGUUUCUUUGUCAAAUAUCCAGGCAGAUGUGGGCCAGUGGGAUGAAGUUUUGAAGCUCAGAAGUACGAUGAGAGGAACUGGUGUGGUGAAGGAUGCCGGAUGGAGUUAUUUUUGAAGCAUUUUGCUAUAGUUUUUCAUUCUCAGAGUGAUUGUGAACAGAAAGAACCAGUGUGCUGCUCUUGCAGCCUUGUAGGUAAACCAGGAGCUGGAGAACCUUAAGGAUAAGAUGAACUGAUAUUUCCACCAUCUACAAUGAAAAGGUGGCCAACCUAAGGAGGGACGCCCCAAGGGCACAUCUACUGAAGUUGUGGUGGGGCUCAAAAUGACCAAAGAGUUCAACUAGCCAAGGGAAGACUCAGUGGCUAGUCAGCUGGCUCACAUUGCCAGGGGCUGUGUGGCCACUGGCCACCUCUAAUGGUUAGCCUGUCCUGAAAAACUUCCAGCUAUUGCCUUCUCAGCACAAAAAGAAUGUACAUGCUGAUAAAACCUUGAUGAGCUUGUAUCACCGAGAGUUCAAUAGACUAAUGAGGGUCCGAUUUCCUGAGUUUGAUGAUCCUAGUGGGCAAGCUGGGGAGCUCCUGUACUAGAUGGUUGUUACAAAUGUCCACAAAGUUGAGGCUCUUGCUGCAUGUCAGAUGCACAAAGUAUGCUGCCACUGCCGACUCAGAAGCUCGUUACAGAUUCAAAAGCUCAUCAUCUCCGAAAAGGUGUUGGUCAGUGGCAUGACUGCAACAGUGAAGUGGCUGCGACAUUCGAGCGGUCCCAACAGUAGAGGUGUUGCGCCGUGAUGGAAGCCCGUAUGACCUAGAGCAGGUGGAGGGAACUUGCUCGAUUUUGUCCAAAGUUUAAAAGGUCUUGUUGUAGUGGAUUCUCAGCGUGAAGAAACUUUCACAGAUGGGCGAGGCUCAUGCGAAUGGGGAUAAAAAGAGAGUUGUUUUUGUGACUGUUGGGACUACUUGUUUUGACGAUCUUGUUAAAGCGGUACAGUCCUCAAACUAGGAAAGAAUUGUUCAAGAAAGGCUUUACAGAUAUUAUCGUUCAAAUGGGUCGUGGAAACUAUGUUCCCUCAAAGUCAAUCAGGUAGACUGAAAGAGGCUGAGAGGUUGAGAGGUUCAUUAUCAAAUGCCUAUACAACCGGAUGCCUUGGUCGAUCAGGUAGACUGAAUGAGGCUGAGUGGUUCAUUUAUCAAAUGCCUAUACAACCUGAUGCUUUGGUUUGGAAAACACUGCUUGCUGCUUGCAAGGUGCAUGGUGAAGUUCAUCUUGGGAAAGUAGCCGCUGAAAAAAUUACUAAAUUAGAGCCAUAUGAAGAUGGAACAUACGUUUCUUUGUCAAAUAUCCAGGCAGAUGUGGGCUAGUGGUACAAAGUCUUGAAACUCAGAAGUACGAUGAGAGGAACUGGUGUAGUGAAGGAUGCCGGAUGGAGUUAUUUUUGAAGCAUUUUGCUAUAGUUUUUCAUUCUCAGAGUGAUUGUGAACAGAAAGAACCAGUGUGCUGCUCUUGCAGCCUUGUAGGUAAACCAGGAGCGGGAGAACCUUAAGGAUAAGACGAACUGAUAUUUCCCCCAUCUACAAUGAAAAGGUGGCCAAGCUAAGGAGGGAUGCCCCAAGGGCACAUCUACUGAAGUUGUGGCGGGGCUCAAAAUGACCAAAGAGUUCAACUAGCUAAGGGAAGAGUCA